UUCUGAGCGGAAACUAACCCUCUAAUUACAGCUGCAAUGUCUUAAUUUAAUAAUGUAGAAGUGCAUUGUUAAUAUCUGAUGGCUAAGUGGCCUCAUUCUUUUUCCACCGUUCGUAGUCUCCUUACCAGCGGCUGGGCCAACGCAUGCAGGAUAUUACAGGUGACAGAGGGGUGUUAAAGGAGGUUAUCCGUGCUGGCACUGGAGAAGUUGUGCCCCAGGAUGCUUCUGUGUUAGUGAAAUAUUCUGGGUACCUGGAAUACAUGGAUAAGCCCUUUGACACAAACUGGUACAGGAGGAAUCCUCGGCUGAUGAAACUCGGAGAAGAGAUUACACUUCAGGGCAUGGAGAUUGGCCUGCUGACCAUGAAGAAGGGAGAGUUGGCAAGAUUUCUCUUCACACCAAGUUAUGCCUAUGGGGCAUUGGGCUGUCCUCCUUUGAUUCCCCCUAAUGCCACAGUCUUGUUUGAGAUGGAGCUUCUGGACUUUCUAGACUCGGCUGAGUGUGACAGAUUCUUUGAUUUGAUUCCUGAGCAGCAGGAUACGUUCCCACUACAGAAGGUGUUGAAAGUAGCAAGCACAGAGAGGGAGUUUGGCAAUUACCUCUUCCGCCAGAAGCGCUUCAUGGAUGCCAGAGAGAGAUACAAGCGGGCCUCCUUGAUCCUGUGUCGCAGGCCUUCCAGUGAGGAUGAGCAGUGCCAGAUUGAUGCUGCCAAACUGCUGGUGUUUCUGAAUCUGUCAUUUACUUACCUGAAGCUGGAGCGUCCUGUCCGAGCUCUGUCAUAUGGAGAAAAGGCGCUGGAGAUUGACGAGAGAAAUGCCAAAGCAUUAUUCAGGUGUGGCCAGGCUUGUCUCUCUCUCACAGAAUAUGAAAAAGCUCGGGAUUUCCUUGUCAGAGCUCAAAAAGAACAGCCUUUUAACCAUGAUAUUAACAAUGAGCUGAAAAAGCUGGCCAGCUGUUACAGGGACUACAUGGAUAAGGAGAAGGAAAUGUGCUGCCGAAUGUUUGCUCCUCUCAGCUUUUCUCCUGUGGUACCAGAAAUAAAGGUAACAAACAGUCAAGAGGAGCAUGUGGGUUGA